AUGGCAAACACGGCUCACUUGGUACGCAGACAAAGUUCCCGGGACUUGAAGCCCCAAAAAAGCGUGGAUCGGCUUGAAAUGAAAGAAAUGCGAGGUAGAUUGGUGGUCGACAGUCGGAAAAAUCCGACCACUAAUUAUGGAACUACUAAUCCGGGCUUCGACGACUCGAGCCCUAGUAUCAAGGCCAAGAAACCAAAUGCGCCCGCUCACGUCAGCGUGAAUGUAAGCAGUAGCAUUGUUGAAAGUACUGCGCCGAAAAUGCCAACUGGUAGUACAGAGGGCAAAGGGAUAUUUCGUCCUGAGGCGGGCGAAGAUGAGCGAGAAAAUUGGGAUAGCAAAUUAACAUUCCUGCUGGCUACUGUUGGUUAUGCCGUCGGAUUGGGAAACGUUUGGAGAUUCCCAUAUCUUGCGCAAAAAAACGGGGGUGGAGCGUUUUUGAUACCUUAUUUUGUUUCACCAUAUCUUGGAGGAAUAGGAAUUAGCAGCGCAGUUGUUUCUUUCAAUGUCGCGCUUUAUUACAACACAAUAAUUGCCUGGUGCCUUUUCUAUUUCGUUCAAAGUUUUCAAUCUGAAUUACCAUGGUCAGAAUGUCCGAAUAAAUAUUUUCAAAAUGGAUCAUACGCUCCAGAACCUGAAUGUCAAGAAAGCAGCCCUACACAAUAUUUUUGGUAUCGUACAACACUAAUGAUAUCAAAAGACAUAAAUACCCCAGAAGUGUUCAAUUGGAAAAUAGCUUUGGCACUCGUUAUCGCUUGGAUUUUAGUUUACAUGUGUAUGAUCAAAGGAAUAGCUUCAUCUGGAAAAGUCGUUUACGUGACAGCGACAUUUCCGUACCUCGUUUUGAUAAUUUUCUUCUUCCGAGGUGUAACUUUACCAGGAAUGUCCGACGGCCUACGUCAUCUGUUCACCCCAAAGUGGUACACGCUGACGGAUCCUGUUGUCUGGCUCGAAGCAGGAACGCAAAUAUUUUUCUCCCUUGGUCUAGCUUUCGGCGGUUUAAUCGCAUUCUCCUCUUACAAUCCAGUCAAUAAUAACUGCUACCGCGACGCAAUUAUGGUCAGCUUGACGAAUUGUUUCACAUCGAUGUUCGCUGGAAUUGUGGUAUUUUCAGUUAUCGGUUUUAAAGCGACGAUGGUUUAUGAAAAAUGCUUGGUGGAUAGAAAUUCAACUUUGAUCGGUAUAUUUGGACAUCCUGAAAGAUUUCCAGAUGAAAUUCCACCGGCCGGUACAUUAUUGAAUUUCACAAAUGGAAAUAAUAGUGUUGAUAAUAUAAUAAUGCCUGAAAUUCCGGAAUGUGAUCUUCAAAAAGAAUUGGAUAAUUCAGCAUCAGGAACAGGUUUGGCUUUUAUUAUUUUUACCGAGGCAAUAAAUCAAUUCCCAGGAGCCCAAUUCUGGUCAGUUUUAUUUUUCCUCAUGCUUUUUACACUCGGUAUUGAUUCGCAAUUUGGGACAUUGGAGGGCGUCGUAACGAGCAUCGUCGACAUGAAACUUUUUCCGAAUCUUAGAAAAGAAAUUCUAACGGGCGCAAUAUGUUUAGUAUGCUGUAUAAUUUCUAUGGCAUUUGCUCACGGUGCUGGAAGUUACGUAUUUGUAUUAUUCGAUAACUUCAGUGGUAAUUUUCCAUUGCUAAUAAUUGCCUUUUUCGAGUGCAUCGGAGUCUCUUACGUCUACGGAUUGAGACGAUUUGCUGACGACAUUGAAUUGAUGACUGGAAAUAGACCAGGACUUUAUUGGUUAAUUUGCUGGAAGUACUUGAGCCCGUUGGCGAUGCUAACGAUUUUGGUGGCCUCGUUUGUCGAAAUAAUAUGCGAAGGAAGCGGAUACCAGACCUGGGUGCCUAACAAAGGCUCUACCGAGAGACAAGAGUGGCCGACUUGGGCCCUAGUUUUAAUAUUUAUUCUUAUACUGGCGUCGGUCCUCUGGAUACCAGCCGUGGCCAUUUUCCGAUUACUCGGAAUCCCAAUAAUCGACGAUAAUGAAAAAGCCUGGUUCCCUGCAGAAGAUCUUAAAGAAUUCCAUGGGAUUGUUCCCCAUGAGGUGACUGCUGCCGAGAAACUGUUGUUCUGCAUCAGAGCUGACGGCUCAGAAGGGAUGUGCUGCCCUACAGGUGGCCUCAACGAUGACGACGAUGAUAUAGACAAUGGUAAUUUGACCUAGAACAAUAAUAUUAUUUAACAAUCUGAAAGAAUCAGCAACAGUAACAUCAACAUCGCAUUUAAUGACAAUACCCAUACUUUUAAACGAAGAUAA